GCCCUGCCUUGAGUACAGAGCACCGGCCAGUCAUCUCAGUCUAAUCAUCUUCAGCUACUCCAUUCCUGUCCCAAUGACGAACCCUGCAUCAAACAUUGACACCCCCUCCCCUCCUGCGCAUGUCACUGCUGACGGUAGUCCGCCGUGGGCACCACGUGUGGAAAGAACGACUCGAUUCUCUGACCGCGCUGUACAAAAACGACCGCGUGUGGAGAGAGGACCCCUCUCUACCAGCCUAGUGCCCGCCGACGAGGUGCUCGAGUCUCAAUUCGUUUUCGAAUCCUUUGCUGGGCAGGCACAGGCGCCAACAUUUGCCUCUGUCGAUGACGCCCUGCAACAGAUCCUCGAUAUGAUCUCCACUUGUGGCUACACCCUGCGCACCUUCUUGCUUGCAGUCUUUGACUCAAAAGGCACUGCUAUUCGAAAACGGGCCAGAUUGUUCUACUCGAAAGGCGGUCCUGGGGCGAUGGUCGAUUGCUGGAGUCAAGGUCUUCGACAUUCUUCGAACGACGAGUCCUUCAUGACGGCCGUUACAAACACGGUUAUCGAUCGAGCACACACCGAACUCAAUGCACUCACAGCACUCCAGAGCCUGCGACAACCGACCACCGAGAUUUCCAGCGAGUCUAUCGAGAGUUUUUCGUUGGAGCAUAUCGAAAAGCAGCUCCAACGUACAUCGCCCAAUAUCGUACGAGUCUUGCAAGGAUUCGCACUCGCUAACCACAAGACCUCAGACUUAGAGAACACUUCAUUCGUUGCUACUAUCGGCAGCUUGCUGCUGCAUCAUCGGAGCCAAAAGUCAAACUAUUUUCAGAUGAUGAUUGGACUCUUUUUGUACAGCACAGGCUGUCCAAAGCGUGUGGUUACAGUGCUCUCCCAGGCGGGACUAUCCGUGAGCUAUCAGACGAUCUGUAACGCCCUCAGAGCACUUACAAAAGCGGCCCUGGCUAAGGUGCAGUCCAUGGUCUUGGAGCAGCCAUGGUUCCUGGUUUACGACAAUAUCAACAUCCCGAAUAGAAAAUACGACCAGCGUGGCAACAACAUUGACACAUUCGAGAAUGGGACAACAGCAACCGUUGUGAUCGGAGAAGAUCUUGGCCACCCGCAGGCCCCAGCUCAGGUUCCACGGGAUCCAGUAACCUUGAUGGAUCUCUUGCCAGAUAACGAGAACCGAGCUCAUUUCAGGACUGUCUCUCAAUAUAAUCUGGUGCACGUCCUACAGCGGCACUUCGAUAUUUACAACCGCCGUUGCUCGAUCCGUAUCCCAGCUUUGAGCCCUCUUCCAGUGAAGCGCACAGAGACAUUUCCUAUGCCAAGUAUGAAGAUCGACCAAUCAACUGUGGAAGGCAACCUGGAGAUCAUCGAAACGGUCAUGAAGAGUGCACUCAAGCUCUCAGAUGAAUGGUUUGAUGGUGACGUACGGGUCGUUGUUGCAGGGGACCAGCUCACCGUGUGCAGGGUAGGAUCCCUAAAGAGCUUGCGUGGAACAGACAUUACGAGGUUCGCUCGGAUGUCAUGGGCAGUGCCUUUAAUGCAACUCUUCCAUCUCCAAAUGCUACUCUGUAGCACAAUUCUUCGCACUCACUACGGAUCAGUCUCGACGCCGGGAUCACUGGCUUUCAAUAUAGCCAUGCUGGAGCGCAAACGUGUCAAUCUGGACACACCCGAUUUUCACGCUGCAGACGAGAUUCUCAGGAACACUUUCGAUGCUAUGGUUCAGCGAUUGUGGGAGAUUGAGCUGGGUACGGAGGAUUUGGGAAGUUUCGGGAAGGACACGCCAAGAUUGGACGACUUCAUCUCUGAAAUGUCCGGAACCAUUCGCCGGAAGUAUUUCAGCAACUCGUCUGAGCUUGCUCAACAUUUCAACAAUGUGGAUGUCAAUGCACUCUUGUUCCUCAGGGAUAUGAAUGUCUAUAUCGAACUUUCGGCAGCCAUCAAAGCUGGUGACAUCAAGCGUAUCGAGGAGACACUGAAGCUGAUUGUUGUGAUGUUCCAGGCAGGGGGUACCAAGAAUUAUGCCAAAGAACUCUUGCGUCUCAGCUAUGGGAUUUGCUAUGCAUGGACAGAGCAGGAGAAGGCCGCCAUUUUAUCGUCUUGGUUGGUCAACACCAAGGGCAAGGAGAAUUCAUGGAUUCCUGCAGACUUGUACCAGGAACACAACAACCUCUUGACAAAGACAAUCCAUGCGGCAAAAGGAAGCAACAUGUCCUGGGAAGUACUGGCCGACUCGGUUUCAAUGAACAUUCGCCUGUUCUCUAGGAUCGCCGAGCAAGUUGAGACACAGUACGAUGUCCUCCACUACAACAGCAGCUUCCACUCAACAGUAUCAGCAGAGAUGGACAUUCAAAAAAUAACCCUGUCGCUCAAAGAACACAAGAUUUUUGCUAACGCACCUCGUGAGGACUGGUCCGACUUGCCACUUGCGAAAGAUCUGCUUAAAGAAGGCAUGAGAAAGCUGGUUGCAAGAAUGACAAGACUCGAUGAGUUCAUCAAAGGACUAGAACAUGAGGUCGGUAACGGAGAGGCAGAUGAUACAGCUGAGGAUCUUGAGUUAGAACGAAGCCAGGCUGAGCAGUUUAUUUCCUCAUGCGUAGCUCCUAUGCCGAAGUAAUAAAGGCCGAUAUGGUUGAACUACACGGGCAAUACC